GGCGGCGGGCGCUGAAUGAGAGACGCCGACUGCUCGGGUCGCCAGGCGCUAGCUUAGGCGGCGGCGGCGGCAGCGGCGGACCCUGAGGCCGGCGUCGUGUUCCCAUCCUCCGAGGCGACGGCCGCGGCUGCACAGGAAUAAUAAUGUAUUUGUGGCCUUGGACAUGAAGCAAUCAGUCUUCUGUUACUGUUAAUGUAGUGUCAAGGACUGAUGUUGUGGGAAGCAUGGACCUAAUGAACGGGCAGGCAAGCAAUGUUAAUAUUGCUGCUACUGCUUCUGAGAAAAGUAGCAGUUCCGAAUCAUUAAGUGACAAAGGUUCUGAACUGAAGAAAAGCUUUGAUGCUGUGGUAUUUGAUGUUCUUAAGGUUACACCAGAAGAAUAUGCGGGUCAGAUAACGCUAAUGGACGUUCCAGUAUUUAAAGCCAUUCAACCAGAUGAGCUUUCAAGUUGUGGAUGGAAUAAAAAAGAAAAAUACAGUUCUGCACCAAAUGCUGUUGCCUUCACAAGAAGAUUUAAUCAUGUAAGCUUUUGGGUUGUUAGAGAAAUUCUUCAUGCUCAGACAUUAAAAAUUAGAGCGGAAGUUUUGAGCCACUAUAUUAAAACUGCUAAGAAACUGUAUGAGCUGAAUAACCUUCAUGCACUUAUGGCGGUGGUUUCUGGCUUACAGAGUGCCCCAAUCUUCAGGUUGACUAAAACAUGGGCGUUACUAAGUCGAAAAGACAAAACUACCUUUGAAAAAUUAGAAUAUGUAAUGAGUAAAGAAGAUAAUUACAAAAGACUAAGAGACUAUAUAAGUAGCUUAAAGAUGACGCCUUGCAUUCCCUAUUUAGGUAUCUAUUUGUCAGAUUUAACAUACAUUGAUUCAGCAUACCCAUCAACUGGCAGCAUUUUAGAAAAUGAGCAAAGAUCAAAUUUGAUGAAUAACAUCCUUCGAAUAAUUUCUGAUUUACAGCAGUCCUGUGAAUAUGAUAUCCCCAUGUUGCCUCAUGUCCAAAAAUAUCUGAACUCCGUUCAGUAUAUAGAAGAACUACAGAAGUUUGUGGAAGAUGAUAAUUACAAGCUUUCAUUAAAGAUAGAACCAGGGACCAGCACACCACGUUCUGCUGCUUCCAGAGAAGAUUUAGUAGGUCCCGAAGUAGGAGCAUCUCCACAAAGUGGAAGAAAAAGCGUGGCCGCUGAAGGAGCCUUGCUACCGCAGACGCCACCAUCCCCUCGGAACCUGAUUCCCCACGGACAUAGGAAGUGCCAUAGCUUGGGUUACAAUUUCAUUCAUAAAAUGAACACAGCAGAGUUUAAGAGUGCAACGUUCCCAAAUGCAGGGCCAAGACAUCUAUUAGAUGAUAGCGUCAUGGAGCCCCAUGCACCAUCUCGAGGCCACGCUGAAAGUUCUACUCUUUCUAGUGGAAUAUCAAUAGGUAGUAGUGAUGGUUCUGAACUAAGUGAAGAGACCUCAUGGCCUGCUUUUGAGAGGAACAGAUUAUACCAUUCUCUCGGCCCGGUGACACGAGUGGUACGAAAUGGCUAUCGAAGCCACAUGAAGGCCAGCAGUUCCGCAGAAUCAGAAGAUUUGGCAGUACAUUUAUAUCCAGGAGCUGUUACUAUUCAAGGUGUUCUCAGAAGAAAAACUUUGUUAAAAGAAGGCAAAAAGCCCACAGUAGCAUCAUGGACAAAGUAUUGGGCAGCUUUGUGUGGGACACAGCUUUUUUACUAUGCUGCCAAAUCUCUAAAAGCUACAGAAAGAAAACAUUUCAAAUCAACAUCGAAUAAGAACGUAUCCGUGGUAGGAUGGAUGGUGAUGAUGGCUGAUGACCCAGAACACCCAGAUCUCUUCUUGCUGACUGACUCUGAGAAAGGAAAUUCAUACAAGUUUCAAGCUGGCAACAGAAUGAACGCGAUGCUGUGGUUUAAGCACUUGAGUGCAGCCUGCCAGAGCAACAGACAGCAGGUUCCUACAAACUUGAUGACUUUUGAGUAAAAGCCUAAGAAAGAAGCGAGGUGAACUAUUGCCCCUAAGUAAAAGCAAGGAGCUGAUGAAAGCGCCAGUAUAACCAGUUCUGUGCCAGGAGGAGCCCAGAGGCUCCGUCUCAGCCUUUGGAGUUCUGAACCAAAAAAGCACUAAUUUCAGGGAAUGAAGUGAGAUAUUCCCAGAGAACAAAUUGGAGUUACACAACAAACUGCCAUGGACCGCGCUUCUUUUCUCCGAACUGACCUGCAGAAACCACUGCCUUAAAAGAAUGAAAGGGAAACCAACAUGAAACACCAAAUAGUGCGUGUGACUCUUCCGGCGGUGCUGUGCUUGGGAUAGAUCAUAGCUGAUUUGCAUUUCUUUUAACUUUGUACUAAUUUUGGAGGGGGGAAUCGCCUUUUUUAGAAACACUUUAAAAAGGAAAAACAUAUUUCUUAUGGGUCAUGUGAGGGGCUGGUUUUGAACUGAGGUGUGAAGAUACAUCCCUGCCCAAGUAGGAUGCUGCCAGCAGCCUACCUGAAAGGCUGCUUUGGUUUCCAGUAAUCUGCAGCCUCACUGGCUUUGCCACAGCGAGAGUUUAGGAAUUAGACGUGUUCACAAUGUGAGUGGUUGGGGUGUGUUCGGGGCUGGGGGUGGGGUUUGCUUUGAAUGAGGGGAGUUUUUUUUAGACACUAAAGUUCUGAAAUAUAGUACUGUAUGGGGAACCUCAUUUCCUGCAGGAGGCAUAAAGGCUGAGUGUUCCUGUUUCAGACGCUCUUUCAAGUGGGCUCCAGAAAACAUGGUUGUUUUUAACUGGGUUUGAAGUUUAGCCUUUUAUUUGAAUUCAUUGUUGGACCACAGAUCUGCUUAGGAAAGAACCGUAAUCCCAACCUAAACUUUUCUGAGAUUUUACAGUAACUACAUUUUUUUCAAGUUAAUUGAAUUAACCCUUCUGCCAGUCACUGGUGAUUUUUGUUAUCAAGGUGAUGUAUUGAUAUUUCAUCAGAAUAUUUUCUUUUACAGGGUGUAAUGUAUACAAUGCCAGUUUUUUUUUAUUAGUCAUUUUCAUUAUUUUUGUUAAAUAGGAGAUUCAGGGUCACAUUUGUUUAUAAGAGCUUCCACAUGUGUAUGUGUGUAUGUAUUUUAUUAUAAGGCAUACGAAAUAAUUUUAAAAGGGAAAAAGGGGAAAGAUUGAGAUUCUGGGAAUCUUCAGUUUAUCAAAACUUUCCUUCUCCCAUAACUUUCCUUUAUAAAAAACAUUUUUCUGAAAACUUACUGUUGGUCCCUGCCAUGAAACCAUUACUUCAUCAGUAGUUGACCAAGCUGUUUUGUGAGAGCUCUUCUACACUACAGUACAUUUAAUUUCCAGAAUAAAUGUUGAAUUGCAGAAAGAAAAAAAAGCUCAAAGGUGAACUGCCUUAGAGUUUUAACAAAAAAAUGGCACUUGGACAAUAGCUAUGUGUUAGAUGCUGUAAGCUCAUGGGGCACCGUGUAACUUAGCAGUGGCCCAGAGUAAGAAAUGCUUUUUGACUGAUACCUUCCAAUAAACUUGUAAUACUUUGGGCCUCACAUAAAAUUUCUUACAUUUGCAUUCUUAGAGAGUUUUAUACUUUUUUUAAUCAUCAAUAUUUCACUCUUGAAACUUAAAUAUUAAAUAGAAAAUAUUGCCCACAGAAUAAUUAGCUAAAAAUCUAUCCAAAGGAAAGUAGAAGAGCUUUUGGGAAAGGAUAUGAACAGUUCAAAUAUUUUUCUCAUAUAGCACAGUUAGAAAUACCAUUAUUUCUGGUUUUGUGGAAAGUGACAGAGGCUAGAGAGGGCAAAAUGUUGCCUGUGGUAAAUGAUUUUUCAGUUAAUGACCUCCCAGGCUGAACCCACGUCAGGUACAUAGAAAGAUACCACGUGCAUAGCCAACAGUAUUACUAUAUAGACCUUGCACAUCUUUCUUUGGUUUUGCAUUUUUAAAAAAUUCCUUAAUUUGUCUAUUUCUCUUCAGAAAUAAGUGUUUUUAACAGUGUAUGUGCUUUUUAAAAUACUGUGGAUGAAAACCCUGUGGAUUUUUUACUAUUAUGUUCUCAUAAAUAAGCUAAAGUAGAUAUGUUGUAGGUUAACCAUAUUUGUGGAGAUUUGCAAUUGAAGUCAGAGCCUGACAUCACACAGUUUUGCCAAAGAGAGAGCUAAACUGGAAGACGUGUUUGAUAUUUUCAGCUCUAAACGUUAAGGGAUGCUUGCACAGAGAAAGAGUAGCUUUCAAAUGUGGUAAACAGUCCCCGUACAGGAUUGUGGCCUCCGGCUGACCGAAACUCUUAACAGAACUGUGCAGUAGAAGUAGCCAUUGCUCUUCUGUCUUCAAAUUUGUCUAUUCAAAAGAUUAUACGUUGCUUUUGAGGAUUAUUUUAGCAUUUGAAGCAAAUGGAAACCAGUGAAAGCAGGGAAUUAAAAUAGCAUAGGUGAAUUUUUGAUCUGUAAUUCACCAAAUGAUCUAACAAUUGAAACAAAGAAAAUAGGUCACCAAAAUAAUAUUAAAUAUUUAGGUAGUUUAUUAGUAGAAAGAUGAAAUGUUUUCCUCUUAUUAAGCCUACGCUUAAUAAAUUAGUAAACGAGUGACUCCAAAGCUUGAGAUUUCUAUCAAUAUUACACUCAUUUUUUUCUCCUAGCCGAGAACAACUCAUUAGAAAUUCCAUUAUAAUUUAAAUUUAAGCUAGUUUACAAUAAGCAUAAAUAUUGGCGUAUUAUACUGCCUGGUGUAGUAGUAUAUAAUACUAGCCAAAAUACAAUUUGAGGCACAUGUAAUUUAACAGUUUAUUUGAACACGGAAGCUUAUUUUUCAUACAGAAGUAACAUCAGUUUUUAAAAUACAACUAUAAAAAUACCUGCAUAAUAAUGGCCUUCAGAGCACUAGCUUCAGUUUCAUGCCCCCUCCGGGGUUUGGACUUUGCUGUUUUGUUUUCUUUUCUUUUCUUUUUUUCCCCAGAGGUAUUAUUUUUACCGUGAUCUUCAAACUAUAAGAAUUGAAAGAGAACUCAUCAAACACACCUUCCUAUAGCAUUUUCCUCACUAUGUGAAUAUUAUUAAUUUUAUAAACAUUACAAAAAGGGAUCCCAACAAUUUGAGUAUUUUUUUUUUCUCCCUAGGUCUGUGCUUCAAUGACAAUCUUUUUUUUUUUUUUCUUCUGCAUAAAAAAUGCCACAUGACUAUUGCACUACCUUCUGUAUGGACUGUUACGGUAUUGGGUCCCCCGGUAUGUCAAGAGUUAGGGUGUUUAUAGCUACAGAGUUUUAAUAAGUGGCUUUAUUCCUCUUCUGGGUGACUUACAAAAGAGCCCAAGGAGCACUAUUGUUGCAGAAGGAAUGUUUACAGUCUCUAGUGUCUACACUGUGUAUUAGUUGACACGGGGGCCCUCGAAGAACAGCCUAGCCUGUCGCUCUCUUGGAGUUACUAGAAUUUACCUGGCCAAAUGACUUGAGCAGAAGUCUUUUUUUUUUUUUUCUUAAGAUUAAAUCUGUAAACUAUACACCUUUACUGCUGAAAACAAAACUAUAAAGCGUCGUAUUAAUUGGAAAUCAAUAAUAAUAGUAGACUUAAUCUAUUAACUUCUUAAAAGAAUGUAUCCAUUAUUGAUUUUCUUCUUGUUUUUUGAGGCACGUUCCUUUGCACCCAGUUUUUAAACCAACCCGUUACCUUCUGCAAAUGCAGGGUACCAGUGUUGCUUAACAGAAGGUAAUUUUUAAUAAAAGAAAUCUUCUGCUUCAAAGGAUCUCUUUUUGAAAGUGAAGAUGAAUUCAGCUGUGCCCCAGUAAAACUAUAGUAUUGCUGUCACAUGGACAAACGAUCCAAAGCAAGUGGUGAGGUUUACCUGACUUCUUCGGUGGUCUUUUAGGGUUUGUUUUUAUUUUCUCUCUCUUCUUUUAUACUGGUUUUUUCAGACAUAGUAAAUUUAUGGUUUUACAGCCAGAGUGAUACUCUGUUCUUUCUAAGCUUUGAGAAAAACAUUGUUACUUAAUCACAUUGAGGAUCAUUGUUUUCCACGUGAAGUCAACCUUUUUUAAAUGAUUUAAUAAGUACUUUUUGGUUUUGCUCCCCUAAAAAUGGCUUGUGACUAAAGUGACCUCUUUUUUUUUCCCCCGUUCCGAGGAUUCUAAUGAAAGAUAUGUGCAUGCAAACUCUUUCAGGUUAUUGAAAGCAAUUUCAUUAUACCAGUAUCUCAAGUGGUAGUGUGGGGAAAAUUUGGUCAGUGCCUUAACACUUUGAGGACCAAUUUUAGGGCAUCGAAUACGACGAUAAUCCUCUGCCCUGUUGCUUGUCGGAUUUCAGGAGUGUGUGCUAUCCUGUGUCCACCAGCUUACUCCUUCUCACAGCAGGUGCAAGACAGUCUGUACACAGGCCUCCAGGCAGUUGCUGCUGUCCUCCUUGGUCUUGAUUCUUCUUUAGACGGGCUCCCUCCCUGCCCCUCUCCUGCCAGGGGAGAUUAAAACGAAACCCGCCCAAAUCAACCUUUAGAUGCGCACUUUUAUGAUCAGCUUUGAAGAGCAUCCAUCCAGCUGAGUUUGGUUUUAUUUUGUGUUGUUGAUGUUGUCGUUUUGAGCAUAGAUUUAAUUCUAAAGACCUUUCAGAAAAUCCCUAGAAGAAUACAUUAUAGCCAGAAGGAUUUGUUGAGAACCUUAUUAAAGCUACUGAAAUCUUGUAAUGAUAAUCUCUUUGACAAAAAAGCGAAAUUUAGAUUGGUUCAUUCUUACAUUUAAAUAAGACUCAGAACAAACAGGCAGUCACUUAACCUACCAGUUCUUGUUUGCUUGAAAAUACUAUUGCAGGAAAGUGAAAAUAACUCUAAUGUCUAAAUUAAAGGGAAGCUAAGAGACUAAACUAGCUUUCUCAGUCAAAACAAAACUUGGAAACGUUUUGCUUCUGAGACUCUUGCAAGAUAUGGACGACUGUUGUUCAACUGAGUCAAGAUGCUAUUUUCACAUUUUUUAAGGGCUAGUAUGUUUCAGAAUACAGAAGUAGAUACCGUCUUUAAAGAGUUAACUGAUCCUUAAGGGUUAUUAACAGGAUUUAAAUUUUGAUUCUAGUCACCUGGCCUUGCAGAGUGGUGAUGGGAUGAAAGGAAUGGAAUGCAUAUAGUGGCUUUGGGAUGAGACUUUUAAUAGACCAGAGAGAUUUUCAUAAAUAUUAUCUGUGUUUUAGAUACUAACAAAUAUUAACUUUCCCCUAAAGAUAUCACCUAUUAGAACUACUACAUAAAUAGAGUCCAGUAAUCAUCGACUUAUCAGGUCUGACACAGUAGCUGCUCAUAAAUCACCAGACUCUCAAGAGUUUCUACAUCUUGAUUAUUGACAAAUUUAUUGUUUUAUAGCCCAGUGCAGUGUGUAUGUGUGGGGAGGACCGGGGAACUCGUUCACAAUGUCAUCUAAAGGAGAUAAACAUCUGUGGGCAUAAAUAUCCCAGUGAUGAUAAUAUACAGGAAAACACAAGCCAUUUUUAUUCUUCUUUAUCCCAGUUAACCUGAGGUACUCCCGUGAUGAAGCACUCAGUUGCACUAUGACCUCCCUGAGUGAUGUGCAGCUUGGUUCCUCUCUCAUUUUUUGUUUCUGUUUAAUAUGCAGAUGUGAGUGUGAGGUCUUCAGUGUGUUUGCAUAAGCUAACUUAAAAUGAAUUUAAGUACAGUUUUCUGAAAUAUUUCUAUUGAAAUAAAUUACUUAAAAAUAUA